CUCUACUGCCUCUGAUUCUUAAUCCUCUUCAAUAUUCAAUACCCCAUUUUGCUACCAACAAUUCUCUCUUCUCAACACCAUUCCUCUUUCAAUCUUCACGAUGGCCGCCGCAGUUCUUCAACCCCUUCAAAAUCUCUCCCUUGAUCGUGAGAUCAUGGAUCCUUCUCCAAUCUCCCCAAAUGCUUCCAGACACGGCCGUAGUAAGCACGGCGGAAGUGUGUCCAAGACCAAAGGCCGUGGCCGAGGAUACAGCGUCGUUGACGACCGCGAGGGCAUGAUAUCCAAGGCCUUGACCUGGGUCUUGAAGCGAACAAUUGAGGAGGGCGAAGAGCAAGAUGAAGGUGAGGAGAAGCUUGUAGCUGACUCCGAAGGCUGGGUAGAGUGUGAACAAGUGCUCCAACGACCAAACCUUUCUUCCCUGGAAGUCACAUUCCCCGAACUCAAAGACUUCGUCGAGUCCCCAACCUCCAAAUCCCGCUUCAGUCUCAAGCUCAAGCCAGAAAACAACGAAGACCCUGAGACCGAAGAACCCCUCUCCUCCAACUACCUCAUCAAGGCCAACCCCACUCCUUCCGGACCCAUGAGCCCCACUGCCGCAGCAGCCCCCAAGUUCACCCCUCUCACCACCACCACCGAAGAUCUCCCAGACUUCAUCGUCUACGAGACUUCCUACCCCAACUACCCUCUCAUUCUCGCAUCCGGAGGUAUUAAGCGAGCCGGCGGCCAGGCCCUCCUCCAAUUCGCUACCAUCGUCGUGCAAGAGGAUGGCUCCGAAGUUAGAGCCCCAAAGAGUGACGCCGAUGUCUCCAUCCACAUCAACCUCCGCCAGAUCAUGGAGGCUGAGCCCAAGAUCCGUUGGGCACGUACAGAGACUGGUAACGUCGUCACUGAAGGCGACGUCAACGGUGGAAUUUCUAAAGUAAACUGGAAGAAGGUCGUUGCUCGAAGGGCCGAUAUCGGCGUGUUGUUCGAGGAUGGGGAGGUGAGAAAGGAGGUCCCAGUUGGAUUGAGGGGUAAGGGUGUCAAGGCCAAGAAGGGUGGAAAGGGAAAGGGAAAGGGAGGAUUGAAGGAGAUGAAGUCGCGCAGUGAGGACGAGGAUACCGCAAGCGAUUAAAUAAUUCCUUUGUAUUAUCAGCAUUCAUGGGUGGGUUUGAGAUACCCAGUACUUUAGUAAUCUUACAUAGACACAUCCCAAGCGUAUAAAUAGAUUUUUCACAAGGUAGCAGCACGU